AUGCCAAAAAAGUCACCGGCACCGAAGUCUUCCCAUACAGGGGCAUGGAAGGAGAUGCAGACGCGCUUCAUCACUGCUGUUGGGACGAGUCUCGCCCUCCUACAGCUUCUUUUCCUGGGAAACAUGUGCUAUUUGUACGCAACCCAGUUCCACGAUUCGAGUAGGGUUCACAACAUGAAAAUGCUUUACGUCGACUAUGAUGGCGGUGUGGUUGGUCAAGCUGUCACGGAGGCUUACCUAUCAUUGAAAGGCGACAACUUCCCAACUUUAUAUACCAAGUCCAUCAGCCAAUAUUCUACAAUCGAGGAUGUCCGGGGUGCUGUAUGCAGUGGUGAUUACUGGGCCGCUAUAUAUACUGCUCCUGACGCGUCAACCCACCUUGCUGCUACACUCGCUAAUGGCACUGCAUUCAAUGCCUCUGCUAUCACCUACAUUUGGAAUGGUGCGCGUUAUCCGGCCUUUGCUCAAAGUGAGAUAUAUUCAAACAUCUUGGUCAUUAUUGAGGCUGCCCGCUCAACCUACUACGCUAGCAGCGCUUCAAAGGUGGUCGCUUCCACCAAUCUAUCAAAUUCUAUCGCACUUGAAACCUUCCUCGAUCCCAUCCAAGCCACAGGGAUCAACAUCAAAGCAACUACUCAAGGCACGAGAGUUCUUUAUAAUACCGUGUCCCUCGUCAUGCCGAUAAUCCAGCAAUUCUUCUUCAUGAUGGCACUAAAUGGAAUCUCUGCCCAAUUCCAACUGUUCACGAAGUUGGGCACUCUGACCAACGGUCUCAUUCGCAUGGUCACUUCCAUCAUUUAUACCUUCAUUGGAUCCCUAUGUAUGGCUGGCUAUAUUUGGGCUUACAAGGAGUCGUGGGAUGUAAACGGCAAUCAGUUUGUUCUGACCUGGAUGGUCACCUGGCUUUACAUGCACAUCAACUUCCUGAUUGUCGACACUCUCACUGCUUUCAUACCAAUGCAAUUCUUGCCUUUCUGCAUUCUCACCUGGGUCAUUCUGAAUGUUGCCAGCACUAUCAGUCCAUUUGAGUUGAACCCUGGGUUUUUCCGCUGGGGCUAUGCACUUCCAGCUCAUGAGGCCUAUCAAAUGCUUGUUCAGAUCUGGAGUGAUGGAUGCCAAGAUCAGUCGUACCGGGCGCUGCCAAUUCUUUUUUCGUGGUGGAUUGCUGCACUUCUGAACACUGUUUACGCUACUUAUAGUCGGUGUCAAGCGGCUGUGAAAGCACAUAAUGCGCUGGAGGCACCUGAGAGCACGAAGAAGCCUUCUCUGAGACCAUCAUCCAGCACUGAUGAUAUACUGGCGCGGCAAAGGCGGGAUACGACUGAGUCUAUUCGGCUUGAGAACAUGGCCUACGGACCCAGCUAUCCCACACCAGGCGUGCACGGAGAGGAAUAG